AGGACCACUCGGAAGACCUGCCUGCCUGUCGGACGCCUGAUUGUGGCUCCCGGGAGGUUGGAGCUCUGGGAGCCUGUACCAUCUCUAUUCGAAGGGGAGGAAAGAAGAAAAACAGAAAUCAUCUCGGGGUAGGGGUGGGGGUGGCGGUGGGUCUCCUUUUUCGAAGUCAGGUGGGGGCAUUCAACAUAGGGGGCGUGCAAGGAAAAAAAAUACCACCUAGCAAUUCUCCUAACUUCAGCACCACGGACAGCUCAGAUUUCCAGGGGCUGGAAAGGCCAGCUUCCUUCUCCUUCCCUCUGCCCAACCAAAGCCUAAGGACUCAGGCCCUUCGGCUUCUUUCUCCUCUGAUUUUUGCUUCAAAGCAAUGCAAAGGGAGGGGAGAAGGGUCCUGUCAACCGGAGGGGUACAGUAAGGAGGAGGAAGAGGAGGAGGAGUCGGGGAGGAGAUAAGAGAAGGAGAGAGAAGGGAGGGUUUUCCCACCCCACCCCCCCCUCCUCCCCUAGCUUGGGUUUGCUGGCGCCUAAGCUUGCUGCUGCUUUACUGCUGCUGCUGACGGCGGCAGUGUUUCCUCCUCCUCCUCCUCUAGCUGCUGCCGCUGCUCCCACUGCUGGGGGAGAAUGAGGAAUCCUGGGGAAGGGGAGAGCUGAAGCGGGAGUGUCUGUCUGCCUGUGGGAGAGAGCGUGUGUGUUUAGCUGUGUGUACGUGUCUAGAACACUACAUAUAUCACAUAUAUAUGAAUACAUCUAUAUCUCUGAGCUGAGGGGUUAUUUGAAACCUUUCUUGGUCGCGCUGUUCAGUGGAGAGAGAAGCGCUCUCCUGCAGAGGUAGAAGCAGCAGAGGCAGCGGCACCAAUAGUCCUCUCCCUCUCUCCUGUCCCCCCCCCCCUUUUGCAUCCUCUUUUUCUUCUCCCCACUUCCCUCAGUGUUUUUUGGAAGAGGAAGUAGGGUGUUUAUUGGGUUCUCUCCUCCCCUUCUUCUUUUGGCAAAUCCCUUCCUUAUGACAUUACACCGGCUUGUUGCGAAAGAGGCAAAUACCCAUUACUGAGGGAGAGAGGACUCACUCUACUGCUCCUAGCCUGAGAGGACUAGAGAUUGGAGGAGAAGCAGGGAAACGAAGAGGAAGGGGCUUGGAUUCUUCCUUUAUCUGGGCGCAACGCACCUUCCUACAAGAACAAGACAGACAGAAGAGAAGUGGAGGGACCUUUUUCACCGCUAUUCUGCAGUGAGCAUUGGUAGUAGAGGGAACCAGGAGGGAAAGGAUGGUCAUGGUCUCGCGAACCGGCUGCGGGGCAGCUUUUUUCCUUUGGAUUUUGAGCAGCAUCAGCUGCAGAGCCUGGACAGCUUCUUCUACUUCUCAAAAAUGUGACGAGCAACUUGUCUCUGCAUUGCCCCAUGUAGUCUUCAGCAGUUCAUCUUCCAUGUCCAGCAGUUAUUCUCCAGGCUAUGCCAAGCUCAAUAAAAGAGGGGGAGCUGGAGGAUGGUCUCCAUCAGACAGUGAUCAUUACCAAUGGCUACAGGUUGAUUUUGGUAACAGGAAGCAAAUCAGUGCCAUUGCAACCCAAGGUAGAUAUAGCAGCUCUGAUUGGGUGACACAGUAUCGAAUGCUCUACAGUGAUACAGGAAGGAACUGGAAACCAUACCAUCAAGAUGGGAAUAUCUGGGCAUUUCCAGGAAAUAUAAACUCAGAUGGUGUGGUCCGACAUGACUUGCAGCAUCCAGUCAUUGCACGAUAUGUUCGCAUAGUGCCCUUAGACUGGAAUGAAGAAGGUCGGAUUGGGCUGAGAAUUGAAGUCUAUGGCUGUUCUUAUUGGGCUGAUGUCAUCAAUUUUGAUGGCCAUGUUGUACUACCAUACAGAUUCAAGAAUAAGAAGAUGAAAACUCUGAAAGAUGUCAUUUCUUUGAAAUUUAAAACCUCAGAGAGUGAAGGGGUAAUCUUCCAUGGAGAAGGACAGCAAGGAGAUUAUAUUACCUUGGAACUGAAAAAAGCCAAGCUGGUCCUCAACUUAAACCUGGGGAGUAACCAAUUUGGCUCCAUAUAUGGCCAUACAUCUGUGAUGACAGGAAGUUUGUUAGAUGAUCACCACUGGCAUUCUGUUAUCAUUGAACGCCACGGACGGAACAUCAACCUCACUCUGGAUAGGCAUUUGCAACAUUUUCGGACGAAUGGAGAAUUUGAUUAUCUCGACUUGGAUUAUGAGAUAACCUUUGGAGGUCUGCCAUUUUCUGGGAAGCCAAGUUCCAACAGUAGAAAGAAUUUUAAGGGAUGCAUGGAAAGCAUUAACUACAAUGGAAAUAAUAUUACUGAUCUUGCAAAGAGGAAGAAAUUAGAGCCUUCCAGUGUGGGAAAUUUAAGUUUUUCUUGUGUGGAGCCACAUACAGUCCCUGUGUUCUUCAAUGCCACAAGUUACCUGGAGGUACUUGGCCGCCCCAACCAAGACCUAUUUUCAGUGAGUUUCCAGUUCAGGACAUGGAAUCCCAAUGGCCUCCUCCUCUUUAGCAAUUUUGCUGAUGGUUUAGGGAAUGUGGAGAUUGACCUCACUGAGAGUAAAGUUGGUGUCCGUAUCAACAUUACAUUAAACAAAAAGAAUCAAAUCGACAUUUCCUCAGGCUCUGGGUUGAAUGAUGGACAGUGGCAUGAAGUUCGGUUCCUAGCCAAGGAAAAUUUUGCUGUCCUUACCAUUGAUGGGGAUGAAGCAUCAGCAGUUCGAACUAACAGUCCUCUUCAGGUUAAGACAGGAGAGAAGUACUUCUUUGGAGGUUUUCUUACACAGAUGAAUACCUCAGAUCACUCUGUACUUCAGGCUUCAUUCCAGGGCUGUAUGCAGCUCAUCCAGGUGGAUGAUCAGCUUGUCAAUUUACAUGAAAUAGAACAAAGAAAGCCAGGCAGCUUUGCUAAUGUCAGUAUUGACAUGUGUGCCAUUAUAGACAGAUGUGUGCCCAAUCACUGUGAGCAUGGUGGUAAAUGCUCCCAAACCUGGGACAGCUUCAAGUGCACUUGUGAUGGGACAGGAUACAGCGGGGCCACCUGCCAUAACUCUAUCUAUGAACUCUCCUGCGAAGCUUAUAAACACCUAGGCAAAACCUCCAAUUUUUACUGGAUUGAUCCUGAUGGCAGUGGAGCUCUGGGGCCUCUGAAAGUUUACUGCAACAUGACGGAAGAUAAAGUGUGGUCAACUGUAAAUCAUGACUUGCAGAAGCAGACUCCUGUGGUCGGCUCUGGCCCAGAAAAAUACUCAGUGGUACAGCUCAAUUAUAGUGCCUCUAUGGAUCAAAUCACGGCCAUCACCAGCAGUGCAGAGUAUUGUGAGCAGUUCGUCUCCUAUUCUUGCAAGAUGUCGAGGUUGUUGAACACUCCAGAUGGAAGCCCUUAUACCUGGUGGGUUGGAAAAGCCAAUGAAAAGCAUUACUACUGGGGUGGUUCCGGACCUGGGAUCCAGAAAUGUGCGUGUGGCAUUGAACGUAACUGUACUGAUUCCAAAUACUACUGUAACUGUGAUGCUGACCAUAAACAGUGGAGAAAGGACGUUGGUUUGUUAUCCUACAAAGAUCAUCUGCCUGUGAGCCAGGUGGUAGUUGGUGACACUGACCGACCUGGAUCUGAAGCCAAACUGACUGUGGGCCCAGUCCGCUGCCAAGGAGACCGGAACUACUGGAAUGCUGCCUCAUUCUUUACACCAUCAUCCUACCUUUACUUCUCCACUUUCCAAGGGGAAACAAGUGCUGACAUCUCUUUCUACUUUAAAACUUCAGCUGCUGAUGGAGUGUUUCUGGAGAAUCUGGGAAACACGGAUUUCAUCAAACUUGAACUGAAAUCUGCCACCGAGGUAUCCUUCUCCUUUGAUGUUGGAAACGGGCCAGUGGAGAUUGUCGUUAGGUCUCCCUCACCACUCAAUGAUGACCAGUGGCAUCGGGUCAUUGCAGAGAGAAAUGUCAAGCAGGCAAGUCUGCAGGUGGACCAGUUGCCACAACAGGUGCGAAAGGCACCUACAGAAGGUCACACACGCCUAGAGCUUUACAGCCAACUGUAUGUAGGUGCUGCAGGAGGCCAGAGGGGAUUUCUGGGUUGCAUCCGCUCCCUCAGGAUGAAUGGGGUGACUCUUGAUUUGGAAGAAAGAGCAAAAGUCACUCUAGGAGUGAAACCCGGAUGCUCAGGCCAUUGCACCAGCUAUGGAAUGUACUGUGAGAAUGGAGGCAAAUGUGUGGAGAAGUACAAUGGUUAUUCCUGUGAUUGCUCCAAGACUGCCUAUGAUGGACCAUUUUGCAUAAAAGAUGUUGGAGCUUUUUUCGAAGAGGGGAUGUGGCUACGGUAUAACUUCCAGGCACCAGGAACCAAAGAUGGCGCUAGUCGAAGUGGGAACUCUGUUGACUCCCAGAACCUGACACCAGACCUGGCCAAGGAAGAGCUCAGUUUUAGCUUCAGCACCACCAAGGCUCCCUGCAUCCUCCUCUAUGUCAGCUCUCAUACUCCAGACUUUGUAGCAGUUCUUGUUAAGUCAUCUGGAAACUUACAGGUUCGGUACAACCUGGGAGGCACCAAAGAGCCAUAUAAUAUUGAUGUAGACCACCGAAACAUGGCAAAUGGACAGCCUCACAGUGUUAACAUCACCCGUAAUGAAAAGGACAUAAUUCUCCAGCUUGAUCAUUAUUCUCCAGUGAGCUACAGCCUGCCAAGUUCAUCUGACACACUGUUCAAUUCUCCCAAGUCUCUCUUUCUAGGAAAAGUGAUAGAAACAGGGAAGAUUGAUCAAGAAAUACACACAUACAACACACCAGGAUUCACCGGGUGCCUCUCCAGAGUACAGUUCAACCAGAUUGCUCCUCUCAAGGCAGCCUUGAGGCAAACAAACGCCUCUUCUCAAGUCCAUAUUCAAGGGGAACUGGUGGAAUCCAACUGCGGAGCUUCCCCCUUGACCAUCCCCCCCAUGUCUGCUGCCACUGAUCCUUGGCACUUAGAUUCAGCCAGUGCUGACUUUCCAUAUAAUGCAGGACAAGCUAUAAGAGAUGGCGUUAACAGAAAUUCAGCAAUUAUCGGAGGGGUCAUUGCUGUGGUGAUCUUCACCAUUCUCUGCACCUUAGUAUUCCUCAUCCGCUACAUGUUCCGUCACAAGGGCACCUACCAUACCAAUGAAGCCAAGGGAGCAGAGUCUGCUGAGAGCGCCGAUGCCGCCAUCAUGAACCACGACCCAAACUUCACGGAAACCAUUGAUGAGAGCAAAAAAGAGUGGCUUAUCUGAGGGAGAGAGCUAGGGCUUGGCAAUGGGGUUGGGGGGAGGGAAAGGGAAGGAACGAAGGGAGUAAGCAGGGAAGAGGGCACCAAGGGGACCUCAAAGUAGUGGGAAAGCACUCUGCUUCAGACUCUUGAGCACAUCUUUAAAAGAUCAGCACAACUCGGGGAAGCAAGGGACAGACAGACAAAAUCCUUAGAACUGGACAACGAAAAGGCAUUUGAAAAUGAGAACUUUUUAAUAUUCCAUCACAGCUCCAUUUCCCCUUCUGUAUCCAAACGAGUUAUUGAAAUGAAAAUGCUUUUAGAGUUUCCACAUUGGUUAAAAUCUGUCAAUAAUACCUGUCUUUUUUUGUGUGUGUUUAGGGGUGUUCUAAAUACCCGUGGCAAUAGGGCCCAUUUUCUACAUUUUUUAGGAGCCCUUAGAAUUUGGAUAUUUCUGUCUUGAGAACAACUGACAAAUACAUAUAUAUAUGGCCUCCAAUUAUUCUCUUUUUUUUCACAUAUAGUCAAUGCCUAAUGAGUUAUUGUUGUAGUUGAGUCUUCUUUGCAUCACAUUUCAUUUGGCGUCUUGUAAAUUGGGAGUUGAGAGCAGAAAAAAGGGCACAGGGAAACAAGAGACUUUUUUGCCAGUGUCCACAGGGCCAUCGACCUGUGUCCACACUUUGAGGGCUCUCAUAUGACAUGGGCUGCCGAAGGACAAGACUGUAUAAUACUUAGCAGUGCUGUAAAACCACAUCAUCAUUAUCACCACUGUUGGGGGGAGGGGAGUAUUCUGAACAACAAAAAAUUAUUUUGAUUUUUCUUCAUUAAGCUCUGAGAUAUAAUAUUGUUCCAAGUAUGUAGUCUUAGCUCUAUUCUGUUUCUCUCUUUCUCUCUCUUUGGCUAUGUCACAUGAAGUCACUUAUGAAUUUAUCCUCCACUUUUCCUGUGAUACCUUGGCAUAUUCUGUAUGUAGGCAUAAGCAUCACAGUAGGGAAUUAGAGCCAGAUACUGUGAUUUGUUUGCUUCUGUUUCUUUUAUAGACAAUAGUAAAAGUAGCAACCCUGUCGUGUUGCAUAGUGAAUACAUAGAGUAGGUCUCCGUCCUUAACGCGCCCUUCUUCUUUUGAAGUCUCCAGUUUCAAUCUCCUUGCAACAAAUAGCUGCCCAGAUGGGUAUGCCCAUCACAGAUUCGACCUGGUUCCUAUUUGCUAUGAGGGUGAGCCAAUCAUUGAAGUGAAUUUAAGCACAUCCUUAAAAUUCCUUGUUUCAGAAGUCUGAAGAAAACACAGCCAACUUUAUCUUCAAGAAAGAGUGAACUCUGUGUAUUCAUGGGAAGGAAGAUGUGGCUCUAAAUGUGUUUGGGGCUAAAUAACGUCUAGGAAAAUUCACUUCAAUUAUUGACUUACUUCCAUACAUGAGAAUCAUUGGGAAAACACCAACUUCUUUUUAAAGUUAUCCAAGUAAUCUUCUGGCCAAAGCAAACACACUGCCCACUAGAUAAUUAAGGAAUUAAUUAUGCAGGCUCAGCUACAAAUGAACCUUGCAUUCCUCAUAAACACAACUGAACAACUGGGUGUUCCUAUCUGUUGACCCAAAGGAUGGUCAUUUAGAAUGAAGCAUCAAAGCUACUUGGUGACAAGAAGAGAUGGGAUUGGCUAGAACUAGUUACCUUCUGCCUAAUAAAGUUAACCCUUCACAGAGGUUGUACGGCAGACAAUAUAUGUUUUGACUAAGAUUUUUAACCGUGUUUCCAGAAAGCAAAACCAUUUAUUUGCAAAGGUUGACAAAGAUUAUUUCCAGAAUUGCAUCCUGGCAUCUAGGGUCAUCUGUCAUGGCCCUCAGCUAUCCAGUCUCUGUCAAUGGCACACGCUUCAAAUGUAAACCACUUGGCUAAGUCUGUUCAAUGUUUUGUUCUCCUUCUUUUCUAAGAAGGGAUGUAAAAGAGAAGUAAAGAUACUUCUGUUGGUUGAAACUCAAAAACUGCAUAUUUAACUGUAUUUGGAAAUGUUCUCAUUUUUUGGUUGUUGUUUUUUUAGCAUCCUGGGGUGCUCAUGAAUCCUAAAGUGAUUAUCAGUGAUUGGAUUAAUUUGAUCCAGAGAUGAUGACCUAAGGUGAAAGCACAUUACAAGAAUAUACAUCCCAUGUACUAAAUGUUGCAAAUUAUUAGGUAUUAGAAAGUAACCAGUUCGAGUCAAUGUGAACUUUGAAGUUGAGCUAAUAUUGAAUGAAGAGAAAUCUUUUUAAAGGGAAUGUUGGUUCUAUUUCAAGUUGCUUCCCUAAGGUAUUAUCAAGUCUGUCAAUAAGAUUUCAGAGCAUUCACAUAAAGAAUAUUAGAACAAUACAACAAGGAUGAGUAUUUUUCAGUACUCAUCAAAAGAAUACAGCAAUUACAUUCUUUAGUAUACUAUUUAGCAAGAUGCCUAUCUUGUAUUCUGGGCUCUCGCACUGUGUCUCUUUCAAUCAGGAAAACCGAUUUUUUAAUUGUCUUAAAUUUUAGAAGUAUUUUAAAAUUUGGCCUAUUUUUAAAAUGUAUUGUUUUGCUGAUGGCAAAAAGUGUUAGAUCAUAUAUCCCAUGUAAAAAUGUUUUCAGCAUCACCUUAGCUCUUCUCAUCAUAUACCUUUCCCCUAAUUCUCUGCCUUAUUUUCUCUCUGAAAAAAAUUUGGUCAUAGAAAGACCCAGACUCUUCUUGAAUACCAAAAUUAUCCCCUCAUUUCCCUUGACCUCACCAUAUCUCUUCAUAUUAGCAGGCAGGAAAGAAAAUUCCAACAAUAUUUCCAAAUAUUUUGAGUUUGGAGAAUUGUCAUGAAUCAUAAGUAAACAGGAAAGUUAAGUUCAUCUUUGCCAGUAUCACCAGCUCACAUUUAUCAAGUAUCUGUUUUUUUUUUAAUUAUUAUUUUAAAACCCUUACCUUCUGUCUUGGAGUCAAUACUGUGUAUUGGCUCCAAGGCAGAAGAGUGGUAAGGGCUAGGCAAUGGGAGUCAAGUGACUUGCCCAGGGUCACACAGUUAGGAAGUGGCUGAGGCCAGAUUUGAACCUAGGACCUCCCGUCUCUAGGCCUGGUUCUCAAUCCACUGAGCUACCCAGCUGACCCCCCAAGUAUCUGUUUUACAGAAGAGAAUCAAAGGCAUUCAAAAUAAAAUUCUUGUAGUUAAGGGAUUUAUAAUCUAGUUGGGGACCCAGGACAUACCCAUAAGAACAUAAGAACCACACAAAGUUAAAAUGGUAAGUGCCAAAUGAAUGUUAAAAACAAAAGCAAAAAAAAAACAAGAACAAAAAAUGAUUUCUCAAGGUCAUGGGAUUGAAAACUCCCAAGUGUUUUCUAAAGGCCAUUGUCAAUUAAUUUCCUGCAAUAUGUUAAUUUGGAAGGAAAGGAGUGGCACUCCCUAUCUCAAGUGGCUCUUAAUCAUUUUGCAUAAGAGAUUUUUCUUGGCAGGUAACAAAGAGUCUAUAUAAAGAUUUCAAAAAUGCUGGAAAGCAAUCUUUUCAGCUAAUCAUAAAAGUGAGAGAAGAAGAAUUAUAUCUAACCUGAGAAUCAACAUUUUGAAAACUUUCUUUGAUUUGUGCAUAAAUCAGGGCCAUUCAAGGCUAGAUCUAUAAAUAGCACAUUCCCUUAAGCCAGAAGCAAUGCAGGUCAACAAGUUGGAACAGAUUUAUUAGUCUCAGUUGAAACUCAUAAUAAUAUUCAAUUCAACAUUUAUUAAGUGCCUCAUUAAAUACAAAGCAACCAUGAAUGGACUUCACUUAAAUCCUUCAUCUGUUGCUUCCUCCAUCAUGUAAGUAACUAGAUUCUCGAAGGCCAGCCAACUGAGUUCAGACUCUGUCAGGUCUGGCCAAGCUUGAAAAGCUCAGGAUACAGAUACCUGAUGAAGGUUCUUCUGAUGGCCAGUCUAGUUAAAUACAGUGUGACUCAUUACCAGAAGGAUGGCCCAGACAGUGAUGAAUUUUGUUCCCACACUAACUCAUGCAAUCAUCUACAAAAGCCAGGAAGGGCUACAAUCUGCAUCAGGAGACAGCUUGAUGACAAAAUUACCCAUCUUUUGAAAUAUGUAUAAGGCAAGACAGCAAAGUGCUGUGGAAAGACUGUUAGAGUCAGAGGACCUGAGUUUGAAUCUUGCCCAGGCUUUUAGGCAGGUCCCUCAGCCUUCUGGGGUCUCAGUUUCUUCUGCAAAAUGAGGAGGUUGGGCUAACUGGCCUCUGAGAUUGCUGUAAUCUUACUGUGCUGAUGGGAAUAUAUGUAAUUUUAUUGUUGUCUUGCAUGUCUUCAAGCUGGCCAAUCAAUUGCUCAAAAGAAAAGAAGGUCACACAGAAAAAAGAGGCUUAGUUUGUAGAAACACCCAGAAUUGUCCUACAACUAACACUGAAGGACUGCAAUCAGCAUCUUUACCAUCAAUGUCCUUAUCUUUUACUGGGAUCCUAUCCAUAAACAUAUAAUGAAUACAUGCACAAGAGGAAGCAGUCAUUUGGAGCCACUAACCAUUCAGGCAUUAACCAAACAAUAAGACCUUAGGAAUUUACAUGGAGCAUCUGUUGAGCACCAACUCUAUAUACACAGAAUACUCAAUGGGGCCCAUAUUCAGUCCGUGCCCUCCCUAGCUAAUAAUCUAGGUCACUAGAUGAGGCACAACACUGUCAGAAGGGGCAGGCAAAGUCACUCAGGGGAAAGAUAACAGGGUACAAAAAUCCAAACAUGGAGUCGAUCAUCAAAAAGAAGGAAUAUGCUUAAUUUCUUUACCCUCAUCUGUUUCAUUCUUUCAUCCCACCAAUAUAUUUUCUUCCUCUACUUCCAAAAUUACACCCCACUCUUAGCACGCAUUGGGUCAAAUAGCCAAGUUAAGCCCCAUUCAUCCUACAAAGGAUCUGGAUUCUGAUUAGAAUUUUUUCAGGUUGCCCUUUUCCUCCUUCAGUGACAAACUAUUUUCCCAAAUGAAUGCUAUAAUCUGGAAAUUUCAUCUAGUAUGUUUGGUUAGCAGAUUACAAGUAUACUAGCAACCAGAAAGCUUGUAUCAGAUAAAAAUAGGAACUCUAGUGGUACUUCAUCCUAACCCUUAAAAACCUUUCCAUGGAAUGUGGAGAAACAAACUAGAAGAAUAUGUUCCACUGUCUUGGGAUGCCAGUAUCAUUUAAGUGUCAUUUUCAGUAUUGAAGGCAACUUCAAUGGCUACCUUCUUCUAAGAAGCCUGAGAGAGCCAGAAUCCUAGCUUCUUCUCUGUCACCUGAGUGCUGUAUGACCUUGGCUAAGUCUCCAUUCCCAUAUUUAAGCUGGGACAGAUUUUACCUACCUCCCAGGGGAAUUGUGAUAUGUCUCUGCCUUUGACUACAAGGCUUUUACAAAAUUCUAGUCAGAGUGCAGGACAGAGACCAAGUGGGAGGCAGCUUCCUCUAUCUCUCUCUCUCUGGUGAUAGGUUGAGAGGCAAAAUGAAAGAAAGAUCAAAAACUGAUGGGAUAAGGCUAAAUAUCUGCUGAAUACUGAAUUCAGUAAAGAGCACAGGGGCAAAGUUGAGACGGUGCCAAGAUGUCCUCCCAUGAGAGCCAGAAAAGCUAAAUCUUUGAGGUGAAUAAGGCCCUUAACUAAAAACCCAGGCUAUGACUGCUACUGCUUAUCUUACCUACUUAUCCCAGGGUCCCUCACUUUAUAUUUGGCUGUUUUGACAUGCAACCUUUCAGAAGAAUCUGUAUGAAAUAAUGCAGCAUUUUAGCUUAGCCUGGAGCCUCUCUGACACAUAGGGUUAUUUCCAACCCACCUUGCUAUAUUGCUUUCACAGUCGAAGCUAAGACAUAAAGGAAUUUCAAAACUUUUUUUCCUAUCAAGCCUAAGGAAAGGGUGCCGACGACCAUUCCCCCUACUGUUCACAGACUGCCAAAGAAUGUGGUAUUUCCAGUUUGACAUUUAUGUAAAAAUCCCCCUUAGAAGUGAAUCCACUCAGCUCAUCUACAUCUCAAACUUCACUUAAUUUGCAGAUUACCCAGAAUCCUUCUCUGGAAAAAUUAAAAAGGUCUCUUUCCUCCAUUCUACCAAGUUUUCAGCUCAAAACAUCACCAUUCCCAAGUUCCAUUUGGUUAGAAAGAUUUUUUAUUUUUUUGGUUUUAUUAUUUUGUAAUGAGCAUGGUGACAGCAAGGGUUACAAUUUUGGAAAGCUGAGCUAAAUUCUAGUUCUGAAAAAAAAAAGGCAGGCAAUUGGGGGUUCCAUCCUCGUGAAAUAGCACACAAUUGCACCCUCUAAAAGCAACAGCAUGUAAACUAGAAGGAAAGAAGGACAUUAUGUAUGUUAUAUUAUGCCUGAUAUUCUUUGUGAAUGUCUUUCAUUUUAACUAAGAUUCUAUUAGAAACCAGAUUGAUAAAUAAAAAUAUUCAAAAUAGUUUUAAUUAUCAUAA